CAAUUAUGGGCGAUAAAAUGAUCAGGUUGUGUUUUUUAAUUUUGUUAUCUACGGUGGCAUAUGUAUAUUCAGCUGUGGCGAUAUAUCCUUACAAGCCUAAACCAGCCGAGUUUGCGGAUCAGGAGGGAUGUUACAUAAAAGAUUUGAACUUGGUGUUGCCAUAUAAAACACCAUAUUAUCCAAAAGGGGAAAAAUCUUGUUUACAAUACACAUGUCAAACCAAUAAUCAAACACAAUUAUUUUCAUGUGGUGUACUAGCCUAUCCAGGCAAUUGUCAUUUAGAGUAUGACUACUCCCUUGACUACCCUAAAUGUUGCGGAACACUUGUGUGCGACCCGACUACGACUACGGAGCAACCGACUACAGAACCACCAACCACAGUGACAUCUACCGAAGCGACAUGCGUAACUGUUACUGAGAAACCACCCUCUAAGGGUCCUACACCGCCGAAGUCGCCCGAAACCCCAAAGGCACCCCAAAAACCGAAGACACCCAAAAGUCCAAAGACUCCGGAAAUUCCGAAAAGUCCGAAAACACCAAAAGUGCCGAAAACACUGGGAAAACUAGGACCUAAGAAUCCAGAAGUGGCAGAACCGUCUGAACAUAAGAAAUUUAAAUUGCCUGUAGAAAAAUACGAAUCCUAAAACCAUAUAUUAUUAUACUAUAAUAGGGAGAAUAUAAUUAUUAUUUGCUGGUUACUACUCUUCUUGAAUACAUUCAAUUUCUUCUUUUUUUUACCUUAUCUGGUUUACCUAGAACACAAGGACGAGUAUUAAGGCGGUAACCUUAUCAUCUACAAAAAGUUCUAUCAAAUGUCGAUUAGUUUUGUUUUACAGUAGGUAUCAUUGCUUAGAUGGAGUAUGAAUUCUAGG